AUGACUACUAUCACAUGCGACGCUAGAGCUUCACCCAUUUUUCAGGACGAAGUGCCCCUCGUAGCUUGUUCUUCUACGCGCAAAUCAUCGACGCCAACGAGAUUGGACGAAUGUAUAUUAUGCCAAACAAAAACGCGAUCCGAUUACCUUUCGAGUGGUGAAACGGGUAGGGCACGCAUUAUUUCUCUUGCAAAAGAAGAUGGCGGUGAUGACAGUCGGGCUAAAAGGGUCGCAGAUUUAUCAGUUCAAGAAAUGGAAAUUAUGAAAUACCACUCAUCAACGUGUUAUAAGAAAUUUCAGAGAGAUAUGGAAAAGAAAAGAAAGCAAGAAAGCAACGAUGCAGAACCAUCUGUAGCCAUCGAUGAUGCAGAAAAUUAUAACGAUCAACGCAGAAAAAGGAUUAAAACGAAUGAUAUGAGACGGGUAUGUGUAAUUUGUGGCUCAGAUUGCAAGACCGUAAAGCAGCAAAAAGUACAUAAGUUACUAAGAAUCUGUGAAAAGCAAAUCGCUCUAAAGUUAUUAAAUGCAGCUAAGUUGCUCCAAGAUCGUGUAUAUACUGAAACAGCAGCGAUGUGUGGUCCGGAAGAUGUUUUCGCAGCAGAUAUCUACUAUCACAGCUAUUGUUGUAAAGAAUACUUCAACAAGUACAACUUGAAAAUUGUGGAAAUUAUGAAAAGUCUGGAGGCUGAGGAAUCCGUGGCAGCAGGAGACGAAAUUCUGAAGGAAAGGUUUCUGGCAUUAGAACUUGACUUUCAGAACACGGCAUACAGUCUUUCUUUUAUCAGAGAGAAGCUAAAUGAAAAUUCAACUUUUAGUUCUACAGUUACCAACAGAACUGUCAAGCAAUUGAUCAUCGAAUUAUAUGGCGGCGAUGUCUGCUUUACUUAUCCAAGCAACAAACGGAUAUCUCAGAUGGUGUUUUCGACAGGACGAGAUCCACAAAGUUUGGUAGAAGCGAUGCGAGUGUCAUCUGUCCAACAAGUUGCAACCACAAUAGCGCAGGAGUUGAAAGAUUACACAUUUGGAUUGGAAGAUAGCUUUUGUGAACCACGAGAUCUGCAGUUAUCAGCAAACAUGUUGCUAAAGAACCCGCCACCGACAUGGGAAAAAUUUUGUUCGCAUUUGUUCCAUGGAAGACAGGUUUCACGAGUUAAAAUGGACGUAGUUUUUCAAAUUCUGCAUUACGCUUUGAGUGGCGGUAAAGAGCCAACACCUCUCCAUAUUAUGGUUGCUGAAGGAAUCCAUAGUUUAACAAGAUCUAAAGACCUCGUAACUGCAUUGAAUCGCCACGGUAUUUGUGCCAGCUACAACACCGUCAGGAGAAUCAACGUUGAUAUCGCAGAACGGAUUAUAAAUAUAGCAGGAGACAACAGGGUGGCACUUCCCGCUGUUCUUGAAGCAAAAGUCCACUGA